AUGCUUCCUAGAAAGAGAGCUAGUGAAGGAGUAGUGAUUCUAGAAGAAGAGAUUAACAACAACAACAACGCAGGUUCUGCUAAGAAGGCUCGGAUCGGUUCCACAGCUGCUUGUUCGGGUGAAUCUACAGUGAACGAGAGUGACCGGAGCUUCAAUAGCGGAGGCGGGAACAAUAACGGUAACAGUAACAGCGCAGGGAAUUUGAUUGCAGCAUCGACUAUGGCUUUUGGAAAUUCUAAACCACAGGAAAUUGAUGAGGAUCUGCACAGCCGUCAGCUUGCUGUGUAUGGCCGCGAGACUAUGAGAAGGCUUUUUGCCUCUAGUGUUCUUGUUUCCGGGAUGCGAGGCCUUGGUGCUGAGAUUGCGAAGAAUCUUAUUCUGGCUGGUGUAAAAUCUGUAACCUUGCAUGAUGAAGGGAAUGUUGAGUUAUGGGAUUUGUCCAGCAAUUUUGUUUUUUCAGAAAACGAUAUUGGUAAAAACAGGGCAGUGGCUUCUGUCAGUAAGUUACAGGAACUCAAUAAUGCAGUGCUUGUACUAAGCUUGACAACUCAGCUAACAAAAGAACAACUUUCUAAUUUCCAGGCAGUUGUUUUUACCGAAAUCAGUCUUGAGAAAGCUGUUGAGUUCAAUGAUUAUUGUCACAGUCAUCAGCCUCCUAUUGCUUUUAUUAAAAGUGAGGUUAGAGGUCUUUUUGGUGCUGUGUUUUGUGAUUUUGGGCCCGAGUUUACUGUUUUUGAUGUUGAUGGAGAGGAACCCCAUACUGGUAUAAUUGCGUCCAUCGGCAAUGACAACCCUGCUCUUGUAUCUUGUGUUGAUGAUGAGAGACUUGAGUUUCAGGAUGGAGACCUUGUUGUCUUCUCCGAGGUUCAUGGUAUGAAAGAGUUGAAUGAUGGAAAGCCAAGAAAGAUUAAGAAUGCUAGAGCAUAUUCAUUCACUCUUGAAGAAGACACCACAAAUUAUGGUGCCUAUGAAAAAGGUGGUAUUGUCACACAGGUCAAACAACCAAAGGUUUUGAACUUCAAACCACUAAGGGAAGCACUUGCUGACCCAGGUGAAUUUCUUCUUAGUGAUUUUUCCAAGUUUGACCGCCCACCUCUCCUGCAUUUAGCAUUCCAGGCUCUGGACAAGUUCAUAUCUGAAAUAGGCCGCUUUCCUGUUGCUGGCUCGGAGGAUGAUGCACAGAAGUUUAUUUCUAUUGCCAAUAAUAUUAAUGGAAACUUAGGUGAUGGAAGAUUGGAAGAUGUCAAUCCAACACUUCUACAGCAGUUUGCCUUUGGUGCUAGGGCAGUAUUGAACCCUAUGGCCGCCAUGUUUGGUGGCAUUGUAGGACAAGAGGUUGUUAAGGCAUGCUCUGGAAAGUUUCAUCCACUUUUCCAGUUUUUCUACUUUGACUCGGUGGAAUCACUUCCGACAGAACCAUUGCAUCCUAAUGAUUUAAAACCAAUAAAUAGUCGAUAUGAUGCACAGAUUUCAGUUUUUGGGCAAAAGUUACAGAAGAAAUUUGAAGAUGCUCAGGUGUUUGUUGUUGGAUCUGGUGCACUGGGAUGUGAAUUUUUGAAAAAUCUUGCCCUAAUGGGAGUCUCUUGUGGAGGUCAAGGGAAGCUGACAGUUACUGAUGAUGAUGUCAUAGAGAAGAGUAACUUAAGUAGGCAGUUCCUCUUCCGUGAUUGGAAUAUUGGCCAGGCUAAAUCUACUGUUGCUGCUUCAGCUGCUGCAUCUAUAAACCCUCGACUGAAUAUUGUAGCUCUACAAAAUCGUGUUGGCGCUGAAACUGAAAAUGUGUUUCACGAUACCUUUUGGGAAAACUUGAGUGUUGUGGUUAAUGCACUGGACAAUGUGAAUGCAAGACUUUAUGUCGAUCAGAGAUGCUUGUAUUUCCAGAAACCACUUCUUGAAUCUGGAACACUUGGUGCUAAAUGCAAUACCCAAAUGGUCAUUCCCCACCUAACAGAAAACUAUGGGGCCUCAAGAGAUCCACCUGAGAAACAAGCACCAAUGUGUACUGUGCACUCAUUUCCACACAACAUUGACCAUUGUUUGACAUGGGCUCGAUCAGAGUUUGAGGGUUUGCUAGAGAAAACUCCAGCUGAAGUAAAUGCAUAUUUAUCAAACCCAAAUGAGUAUACUAAUGCAAUGAGGAAUGCUGGUGAUGCUCAGGCUAGGGAUAACUUGGAGCGUGUACUUGAAUGCUUGGACAAGGAGAAGUGUGAGACUUUAGAAGAUUGUAUUACCUGGGCUAGGCUUAAGUUUGAAGAUUAUUUUGCUAACCGAGUGAAGCAAUUAGCUUAUACUUUUCCUGAAGAUGCUGCAACCAGUACUGGAGCUCCUUUUUGGUCUGCACCAAAAAGAUUCCCUCGUCCACUGCAGUUCUCCACCUCUGAUCAGAGCCAUCUCCAGUUUUUGAAGGCAGCCUCUAUACUACGAGCAGAAACAUUUGGGAUCCCUAUCCCUGACUGGGUCAAUAACCCUAUAAAGCUGUCUGAAUUUGUUGAUAGAAUGAUAGUACCCGACUUUCAGCCCAGGAAGGAUGCGAAAAUUGUGACAGAUGAGAAGGCCACCAGUCUCUCUACUGCUUCUGUGGAUGAUGCAGCUGUUAUUGAUGAUCUAAUCGUCAAGUUAGAGAGAUACCGGUCAAAUCUGCAACCAGAGUUCAGGAUGAAGCCAAUCCAGUUUGAGAAGGAUGAUGAUACAAACUACCACAUGGAUGUGAUAGCUGGGCUUGCCAACAUGAGGGCACGGAAUUACAGCAUUCCCGAAGUUGACAAGCUAAAGGCCAAAUUUAUCGCAGGGCGGAUCAUUCCAGCAAUUGCAACCUCAACUGCUAUGGCCACUGGCCUUGUUUGCCUGGAGUUGUACAAAGCUUUGGAUGGAGGGCACAAACUCGAGGACUACCGAAACACAUUUGCCAAUUUAGCUCUGCCUCUCUUUUCCAUUGCUGAGCCUGUUCCAGCAAAGGUCAUCAAGCAUCAAGAUUUGAGUUGGACAGUUUGGGACAGAUGGAUUAUAAAAAACAAUCCUACUCUCAGGGAGCUUCUUGAUUGGCUGAAGGGAAAAGGUUUGAAUGCUUAUAGUAUUUCUUGUGGAAGUUGUCUGCUUUAUAAUAGCAUGUUUCCUAGGCACAAAGAGCGGAUGGACAAAAAGGUUGUUGAUUUAGCAAGGGAUGUAGCCAAGAUGGAAAUCCCUUCAUAUCGUAGUCACAUCGAUGUUGUUGUGGCCUGUGAGGAUGACGAUGAUAAUGAUAUUGAUAUCCCUCAAGUAUCCAUUUAUUUCCGCUGA